AUGGCUACAGUUCUACAAGAGUAUAACGCCGGUCUUCCUGCCCUCAGUCUUCCACCAGAGAUUCUCUCUGAUGUGCUUUCUCUUGUCCAACAUGAUCGCCAAGGCGUCUCCGACGAGUAUAUCCCACAAUUCCCGCGAUCGGCUCACGUAUGCAGCUCUUGGAGGCGCGUCGCGCUGGGAACUCCGGCAUUGUGGAACGUCUUGAACAUCGCUCGCCCUAAGCUCUCUCUCGCGCUCUACGAGCAUUCCUCCUUCCCUGUCAAGGUGUUUGGAUCCGCGCGGUGGUCGUCGGUAAUCGUGCAAAAGUUCGUAAACCGGGCGCUAGGCGAUCCAUCGCGUCUCCUGGAAUUGGACGUCAAGUUAUCGUCUCAUAUGUUCCCCUUGAGCUUUCGGGGCCCAGCACCUUGGUUGCGGCGCCUAGUUAUCGAGCUGCUCGGUUCAUAUCAGGCCAAGGACUCUGCUAUCCGCGAGCGUUUGAAUGCGUUGACGGCCCCAGAUCUUAGUUCAUUGACUUUGAUCAAUGUGGGCCUUGACUCAUGGUCUUCUCCGCUGUUCCUGGCGCCGCGAUUGCGCAGUUUGCACAUCCACGCCAGCCUAGCGGGCCCUUCCCCAUCAUUACAGAACAUACUGGGAGUUCUCGGGCAACUGCAGCACCUGGAGAAACUGUCGUUGCAUCAUGCGCUGCCUGUCGCUUCGACGAAUUUCGGUGCCCUGCAGUGCGAUGUUCAAGGAGAAUCCGAUAGAGUCGUGGACUUGCUCACUCUCAAGGAUCUUGCCAUCACAAGCCACCAUGCACGAGACUGUCUCUCGUUUCUUCAAUGUCUGAGAUUCCGACCUCUAUGUCGACUCUAUCUUUGUUGCGAACAAGGCGGAAAAGCAAAAGCACAACAGAUCUGGGACUUUGCGACGAUGCAUUGCGAUGUGCUCCAAGCAAAGGCGCCUUCCGAGGGCGGGGAAAAUUCUACGGCCCUCGAGAUAUCGAUGCUCGGCUCCUUCUCCAUUUGUUGUGCCCCCUUCUCACAACAUUCGCAAAAACCGGAAGAGCAUUCGCUCACGAUUACGUUCCUGAUGGACGAUGUAGAAGAGGAGGAGAAGCUUGACAUCCUCGAGACGCUGAGUUCUCGGCUGGUCGCUCUCAAACCAGUGGCCCUGUCCUUUGCCGAUCGAUACAGCGGGUCGUCGCGCGUUUGUUCUGCUCUGCUCCGUCACAAUCCUCAUGUGCGAUCUCUCUCGCUGCGCUGUCCGAGCCUGGCCAGAGACAUCCUGCCGAUCCUCGUCACUGAUGACCUGGCCCCCGACUUGACGUCUCUCGCAAUCGCGGUGUUCACCGAGAAACCUCGCUUGGCCGGCGAGAUAUUGGACUGCUGCGUCGAGCUGUUGGAGAAACGGCGAUUACACGACGUCGGUUCAGGCUGUCCAUCUUCGACCGUCCAGUUCGUUGAGUUCAUCACAUUUCCCGGGCGCAGCGUCCGAGAUUUCGAGCAGUACAAGGCCAUCAAGGCGAGGGCGCGGGUGACGGUGACCGCUGUUUCGGCGUGGUGA